AAGCCCAAUAUGAAAUUCUAGGGUUCUUAUUCCACUUAUUGGCACUCCAGCUCGUAGUGCGAGUGCAAGGUAGUGAAGGAGAGAGCGGCAGCAGCAGAAACCCUAGAAGUAGAAAAAUGCCUGCCGGUCAUGGUUUGCGAUCUCGCACCAGAGAUUCAUUCUCUCGCCCAUUCCGUAAGAAGGGAACCAUUGCCCUAACCACCUACCUCAGGACUUAUCAUAUCGGUGACUAUGUUGACAUUAGGGUUAACGGUGCCGUUCACAAAGGUAUGCCUCAUAAAUUCUACCAUGGACGUACCGGACGUGUCUGGAAUGUCACCAAACGCGCCAUUGGAGUCGAAGUUAACAAGCAGGUUAGGAACAAGAUUUUGAGAAAGAGGAUUCAUGUUCGGGUGGAACAUGUUAUGCCUUCCAGGUGCACCGAGGAGUUCCGAUUGAGGAAGAUCAAGAAUGAUCAACUGAAGGCUGAGGCCAAGGCCAAGGGAGAGGUCAUAAGCACAAAGCGCAAGCCAGAGGGUCCCAAACCUGGUUUCAAGGUAGAAGGUGCUACCUUGGAGACAGUUACUCCAAUACCAUAUGAUGUUGUUAAUGAUCUCAAAGGAGGAUACUAGAAAUUUAAUUUCAUUUUUGUCUUGUCUGUUAGACUACCUUGUUUUGAUUUUUGCCUUUAUUUCAUCUUUAUUUCUUCAAUUGAACAGUCUUGAAGUUUAUGAAAAAUCAGACUCAAGUUUUGGCUUGUUUGAUUCUAAAUACAAUUAUUUUUUUUAUUAAGCA